AAUAUGGCUGAUGCAGCGUUAGCACGUCGUGAAGCAAGGAGGAGAAAAAUAUUAGAAAAUUCUCACAAUAGACUUCAACGAAUAUCAGGGAAAUCAGGCGAUGAAAGCUGUAAAGAUUCAUUGGUGCAUUCUCCAAUACCCGACUAUCAGGAUGUUGUCUCGUCUGAAUGUAAUAGCAGUAAGUCGCUAUUAUCAAAUGGAGUACUAAGCUCUUCCAUAUCACCCACUAUAAGUUUGGGGUUAGCUUCAGAUGAAUUAGUAAACCAGAAUGAAGUAAUCAAUGACUUAGCGACUUUAUUGCCUCAAAAUGUAUUUAAUGACUCUAUUACCCAAACUCCUCAGGUAUCUUCCUUAUUGGAUAAUAUUGUCUGUUAUAAAUAUGAUAUAGUUAUCUUAUCUUUGAUUAUCCAAAUUCUAUACAGUUUAUCAAUCAUUUCCAUAGAAGGAACAUAUUAUUUCCUACCACUUUUUAUAUAUGCAGGCACAAAGAUGUAUUGGUUUACUCAACAAAUGAAUUGUACUUCCAGUUUUGCCAAUGUCUUAAUGCUCUUAAAAGGAGUUUCAACAUAUAGGGUACAAAAAAUUUUGAAUGCAAUGCAAAUAGUUAGUGCCAUUGGCUUAGAUUCUUGCAUCUUUUUGUUUACAACUAUUUGUGUACAAGCGGUUUAUAUUUUUAUAUCUGAUUUUUUUAUUAUAUAGACAAUUUUUUCACAUGCUUUUAAAACAUACCCUAUGUGUGGUGACUGAGAAGUUAAUUUAGUAAGCUAGGGUUUUGGGAAUGUUUGUUUUUAUGCUUGUGCCUUUAAUGUAAGUGAUAUAAUGUGACAUGUGUACAUUUUAGUCACAUAUUGCCAUCUUAGUUUAAAUUGUAAGUCUGUACAUAAUAUACAAACUACUCAAAAUUAUUUGUACCAUAUAAUAAUGAUAUAUGAUGUUAUAUAGUACUGCCUUUGUAGUCAUAAAUAGUCUGUGUAUUGCUGUGAAUUUAAGAUAUUUUUCUAUUUACCACAACGAAAGCUGGUUGUGUGUACAGGUUCUAUUUAUAUAACACUAACAAUGCAUUUAUAUAUUAGUACUUCAAGUUAUUUUUGUACUUUGUUACAUUAGCAAAUUGUUAUUGUAUAUUAAUAUAAUUACAGAAAAAGAGUUUCUGGAUUUUAACAAUUUUAUUAAGAAAAAGUUGCAAAGUCCUAGUUACCAUUCUUUAUUACUCAUUAUUGGUUUUGGUAUCUUCAUUUGAUACUUAGAUUAAAUAUUUUGGAUGUAUAUACUCAAAAAAUUAUUCACACAUUCAUCUGGCAACAUUUGGAGCCUAUAUUCUAUAGGAAAAUGUGUAUUGAAACAAAAAUGGCUAAGCCCAUAAAUUUUGGGAGUAUGGCAGUUUGUGACUGAAAAAUAAAAAUUGUGAGAAUGCUUCUCUUUUUGCUUGUUUUGACAUUGUUUGUACAAAAAGAGUGCUCCAUAAUUUCAUACAACACAUUGUUUAACUAUAUUUUGUAAAUUUUAUAAAUUUACUUAUUAUAUAACGGCAUUUUACAAUUUGUUUUAAUAAUGAAAUUAAAUUGUAACCAAAGACAGAACCAAUAACAUCCAAAUUGUUAUAACCACCUUUAAUAUUUUGUUUUAAUGUAUAAAAAUAAGGAAUAAUUAUUGUGUAAAAAUCAUAUGUUUGUAAAUUGUACAUAAUAAAUUUCAGAAUAAAAAUUGGUUUUCACAGUUUA